UCGACGCCGCCGCCGCCGCCGAUCGUGUAUGCACUAGGUAGGUACUGCAACCGUUAUCAACAGUUAUCACCAACCACUCCGCGUCAGCACUCAUCAUUCGUUCAUAGUUGGCCGACUUGGAAACUGUUCACUAGUUCGCUCGCAGUCUUCGAAGAUUCGUACUUCGUUCUUUUGCUGACGUGCACACCAAUCCGUUCUCAGAAACACGCACCAUGUCUUUUGAAGAAGCAGUCGAUAAGGUAAAGAACUUGAAACAAACUCCCAGCGAUGCCAAUUUGUUGGAGCUCUAUGCAUACUACAAACAAGCGACUGUCGGUGAUGUAAAUACAGCCAAACCUGGGUUUUUGGACUUUAAAGGAAAGGCCAAAUGGGAAGCAUGGAAUUCAAAGAAGAGCACAAGCAAUGAUGAGGCUAAAACAAAGUAUAUUGAAAUUGUUGAUAAGCUUGUUGAAGAAAUCGGCCUCAAAGAUUAAAUGGAAAGGCUCACCUUAAUGCUCACACACAUGCUACACACAAACAUUUACUUAUAAAGUUUACUUAAUCUAUUUAAUUUAAUAAUGAUAACAAAUCAUACAUAUAUUGUAUUCAUGUAUAAUAUAUAUUAAGAUGACCAAGCUUGUUUGGUUUCAUUUUAAAGUGUGCUUCUAAGUCACACAGAAAGACUAUUAUUUACUUUUAUGAUCAACUUUAUUAAUUUACAAAAAAAACAUCACAGUAAAAUUAUUGUUAAUUUAUUUUCAAUAUUUAUAUAUUUAUUUACACAUUAUUGUAGAUUAAUAAUUAAAAAAUUAUAAACAUUCUCAAUGAUACUAUUUUAUUUUUGUCAUUAGUGUAUAACUAUACAUAUUAAAUAUUUCUUUUUAAAGUGCCUUAAAUUAAAAUUGUCGUUUUUAUGAAUUAAGUGAUGCGUCUUUUUACUUUAUCCAAAUUAUUAUAUUAUGUUAAGUCUUAUAACUAGGGUCUGGAUUUUAAGGCACUUAAAAAACUUAAAAUAAUAUGCAUUUUUGCGGAUUGAUGCUUAUAUGCGUUUCCUACAUUCUUAAUUUAUUUUUAAUUAAGCUUAUUGAAAUUAAUAUAAUAUCCAACAUUUUCUUAAUAUAAUAUUCGUAUUUCUUACUUUCAAGUUAAAAUAAAUAUGUUUUUAAAAA